GUCUUCCUCACUUCGCCAGCAGCUUCUCGUAUCAUCAUCUUCGCUUUCUCUCCGUCUCGAAAGCUGUACCAGAGGGUCGUGUAGUGCCCAUUAAAACUAACUCUUUUUACUUUUUCCCAUUCUUAUUUUUGUUUCGGCUUUGUAUUCGGACCGGUCGUAUGGCGUAUUCCGUAGACUCCAUACUCUCCGCCUCAGGGAGGUUGUAAUACGUAUUGGUUUGCUUUGGGGUCAACGGAUGGGGAAGAUACUUCUCGCUUGUUCGUCUCCAGGAAGCUUCAGUUUCGAACUCUUGCCAUUUUCUUUGAGGCUGAAAGAACAGAAGUCAGGAAUGGCGAAGAUUCCCGCUGGUUACCCAGAAAUUAACUAACCACUCGCUUCACGUUUCUACUUUCCACCAACGCGUAGGACGAUCGAUUCAUUAGCUUGCUUGUAUUGUUGCUGUGUGUUCUCUGAUAAGAUCUUCCCUCACUCACAUUCCCUCUGCAUCUGCUGAAUUUCCAUUGUCCAAUGGCUUCCACCAGCAACCAAAGAGACUCUUCGUCGGCGUCUUCUUCUUCUUCCAACCUGCGGUGUAUAUACGAUGUGUUCUUGAGCUUUAGGGGCGAAGAUACCCGCAAAAGCUUCGUUAGCCAUCUCUACGCGGCUUUGCAUCGGAAAGGGAUUCACACCUACAGGGACGAUGAAAAGCUCAAAAGGGGGAGAGAAAUUUCGCCGGAGCUCGUGAAGGCCAUCGAGGGUUCAAGGUUUUCGAUCAUCAUUUUCUCAGAAAACUACGCUACUUCGACUUGGUGCUUGGAUGAACUUGCGAAGAUCAUGGAAUGCAAGAACCUGAUUGGGCAAACAGUUGUCCCCAUUUUCUACAAUGUGACUCCCUCGGAAGUACGUAAGCAAACAGGGAAAUUCGCAGAAGCCUUUGCCAAACACGAAGAAGAUUUCGAGGAUAGAAAGGAGAAGGUGCAGAGAUGGAGGGAAGCUCUGAUCGAAGCUGCCAAUUUGUGUGGGUGGGAUUCACAGGGCAGGUCUGAUUCCAUGCUUAUUGAUGGAGUUGCCCACUUCAUACUAAAUGAACUGAAGUAUUUGUCCACAACUAAUGCUCAGGUUCUAUUUGGUAUUGAUUCUCGCAUAAAAGAAAUGAAUUCAUUGUUAUGCACUGGGGUCAAUGAUGUUCGCUUUGUAGGAAUAUGGGGCAUGGGUGGUAUAGGUAAGACAACCAUUGCAGAAGUUGUUUAUGAUCAAAUCUCUGUUCUAUUUGAAGGAUGUUGCUUCCUUGCAAAUGUCAGGGAACAUAAUUUAGUUUUUUUGCAAGAAAAACUUCUUUCCAAAAUGUUGAUGGAAGGUAAUGUAAAUAUAGAUACUCCCAGUAUGGGAACAAAUGUCAUAAGGGACAGGCUUCAUUUCAGAAAGGUUCUUAUUGUCCUCGACAACGUGGAUAACUUGGAGCAGUUAGAAGCACUUGCUGGGAAGCAUGAUUGGUUUGGCCCUGGAAGUCGAAUCAUCAUCACAACUAGAGAUGAACAAUUGCUAAUUGCCCAUAAUGUGGAAAAAAUAUACAAGGCUAAACAAUUCGACCGCGUAGAAGCUGUUGAACUCUUUUGCUGGAAGGCUUUUGGGCAGAAAUACCCCAAGGAAGAAUAUUUUGAAGUCGUAGACUCACUAAUAAGUUAUGCAAACGGCCUUCCAUUAGCACUUAAAAUUUUUGGUUCUUUUCUUUGUGGCAGAGGUGUUGAUGAAUGGAAAAGUGUGUUGAAUAAACUGAAAAAAUAUCCCAAUGAAGAAAUUCAAAAGAUUCUGAGAAUAAGUUAUGAUGCACUGGAUGAUCGGCAGAAGAAUUUAUUUCUUGAUAUUGCAUGUUUCUUUAAAGGAGAUGACAAGGAGUACGUAAUUAAAAUACUAGAGAGUUGUGAUUUCUUCCCUGUUGAUAUUAGUGUCCUUGUUGAGAAGUCAUUUAUAACAAUCCAAGAAAACAAGGUUUUAAUGCAUGACUUAUUGCAAGAAAUGGGAAGGGAUAUUGUUCGUCAACAGUCCCCUGAAGAGCCUGGCAGACGCAGCAGGUUAUGGUCUCAUGAAGAUGUUUGUCACGUACUGUCAAAAAAAUCAGGGACUGAAGAAGUUCAAGCCAUAGUCCUAGACCUUUAUGGGCUAAAAGAGGUAAAUUUUAGUGCUCAAGCCUUUGCAACCAUGCACAAUCUAAGAUUGCUCAAAAUCUGUUUUAUGGACCAACCUGGAGGAUUUGAAUAUCUUUCCAGGAAAGAGUUGAGAUUCAGAUCUGAUGCAGUGUUGAAUAAGCUUGAGUUAUUCAAAGAUUGUAAAUUGCACAUUUCUGGAGGCUUUGAGUUUAUUUCCAACAAAUUAAGGUGUCUCUACUGGUGUGGAUUUCCUUUGAAAUCUUUUCCUGCAAAAUUUCAUCCAGAGAACAUUGUUGAGCUUAAUAUGUCCUAUGGCCACAUCAAACAACUGUGGAAAGGGACCAUGGUAUUGAAGAAUUUGAAAUUCAUGAAGCUCAGUCACUCACACAAUCUGAUGAAGACCCCAAACUUUACUGGCGUCCCAAACCUUGAGAGACUAAUUCUUGAAGGUUGUAUAAAUUUGAUUAAGAUUCAUCCAUCCAUUGGAACUCUCAAGAGGCUUAUUCUUUUGAAUUUAAAGGACUGCAAAAAUCUUAGAUAUCUUAUGAGUGCAAUUGGCUUGGAAUCUCUUGAAAGUCUCAUUCUCUCAGGCUGUUCGAAACUCCAGAAAUUUCCCGAGGUUUUAAGUAAUAUGCGACAUUUAUGGGAGCUUUCUUUGCAGGGGACUUCCAUCAAAGAGCUACCACCUUCCAUUAAAUAUCUCAGCGGCCUCGUUUCACUAGAUCUUGAAGAGUGCAAAAACCUUGAGUUUCUCCCAAGCAGCAUAUGUAUGCUACGAUCUCUUGAAACACUCACUCUCUCAGGCUGCUCAAAACUUGCCAAAUUGCCAGAGGACUUGGGGGGUUUAGAAUGUUUAGUGGGACUAUAUGCUGAUAGGACAGCCAUAAACCAGCUGCCGCCCUCUAUCAUACAAUUGAAAAGCCUAGCAUUCGUAUCUUUUCACGGAGUUAGUCCGAAGAUGUCGAAAUCAUGGCGUCAUCGACUUUUCUCUAUUUUAUUGCCAAGUAGAGAUCAUACGUUCACCAGUCUAGAAUUGUCCCCAUUGUCAAAGCUAUCCUCUUUAUGUUUUCUAGAUGUCAGUGAUUGCAAUCUCUUGACAAUCCCGAAUGAUAUAGGCUGCUUAUCAUCUUUAAGGCAGUUAAACCUCGGUCAUAAUAAUUUCAUUACCAUUCCUUCAAGCAUCAGUCAGCUUUCUGAGUUGCGUUUCCUAUAUUUGGAGGGUUGCAAAAGGCUCCAAGCAUUGCCAGAGCUUCCGUCAAGUAUCGAUACUUUAGUUGCAGACGGUUGCACAUCACUGGAAAAAUUACCAAAUACACACACAUUGAAGUAUUGGCAUGCUGGAUUCUCAAAUUGUCCAAAAUUGCUGGAGAAUCAAUGCAUUGAUGAUUUGUUUGAGAUAUUGGUGAAGAAUCAACUUCAGGCUUCUAAUUCUCCACCAUAUUUCGACACUGUUCUUCCUGGAAAAGAGAUUCCAAUGUCGUUCAGCCAUCAGAACAUGGGGGAUUCUGUGUCUAUUCAAUUGCCUCCAAAUUGGUAUGAUGAUAUAGUGGGAGUUGCUAUGUGUGUUGUUUUCAUAUCCCAUGAAGGAAGCUGUCCUUCGGUUUCGGACGUUGCAUGGGGACCGAGAUAUGUUGAUGACUAUGGCCUUACUUAUGAUUAUUACAUUGGAUACAAGAACCAUCCAGAAUUCAAAUCCAGUGAGGAGCACUUAUGGCUUGGUUAUUUAGAAUUAGAUGUUAUCUCGGAUUUGCGUACAUAUUCCCAGAGGGAUGAUUUUACCAAAAUUAAUGUUGAUUUUAGUUCCAACCCAGAUUCAGGGUUUGUGAUAAAGAAGUGUGCAGCCCGUCUAGUGUCCAAGGAAUACAUAGAAGAAGAGGAUGAAAACAUGUCAACCUCUGAUGAGACUCAGAGUGAAGCAUCUCAAACUGCCUCUAUUGUCCGGCUAGGUAGUUUUUUGUCCAGCUAUCUUUCUUGGAAGGGUGAAUGGCGAAUGGAUGACAUGGAGACCUUUUUUGAUUUGCUUUCUUUAAAGAUGGUGGAGAAUGGGCCCAAUCAUUAUACUUUGCAAUGUGCAGACACAAAUGAAAGUUGAAACUUGAAGAUAAAAGGAGAUCAAUUAACUCAUGGCUAUUUUGCUUCUUGUUUGACUUAUCUAAAUUUUGAUUUAGGUGAUGAGAUGCUUGAUCUUGCCGAGGCAAAGAUCUGUUCGCAGACGAAGUUGGAGCAAAAGUUGCACAACGGGGAGAUGUAUUUCUGAAAUUUUUCAAUCUUUUGCUUCCAAGAAUGAUUUUGAACUUCUUCUGCUCUGAGAAAUUAGCUAGAACUGCUUCAGGACCAGCAUAUUUCAAUACCCUUGUCUUUAAAUAACAUAAAAUACCUGUAUAUUUGAAAGUGAUCAGGAACAACACCAUAUUUUUGCCAACAUAUAACAGGCCAUUCUACAAAAUGUGCCGUAUUGAGGGAGCCAA